AUGGAAAGCAGGGUCAACAUUGUUGGUGGUAGUCUGGAAUCUAAAAUUGAACAGCUCUCGUUUGAACGUCAGAUUCCAGUCGUCAACGCCGUGAGCAAAGAUUUGGUACACAUACCUUCCUCGAUUCCGAAUAUCCGCCCGCGACGCAACAUGUCCGCGACACCUGACUCGACACCAACUGCGUUGAUCUCCGCUGCGAAAGAACCCAUAGGCACCGUGAUUCCUCCGACGCUGGAGAGACCCGUCGUCUCUUUGGUGCAAAAUGUUCAGAAGGUCAUGGAAGCCGCAUACAAUGUCCACAAAGUAUUGCUCGACAAAAACAUGAAGUCGUCCAAGAAGGUCAUGGAACACUUCCUCCAGGUCAAGCAUAUUUUUAGGAUGGAGUGCGAAAGCAUUCGACAAAUCCUUCAGAGUGGUUAUCGUCAUGCAUCCGACUACGCUGCCUCGAGUCAACGUGCCCCCAAUGACCGGUCAAUAUCUCCCAAGCAUUGUUAUCUCUCCGCCAAAAGCGUCCUCCAGGAUGUCCAAGAUGUCGUGCAGGGAUAUGAAAAACCUCUCCACGAAUUCAAGAACCAAAGGAAUGAUUUGACGGAAGCUCUCAAGUCCAGCGCACAAGAGCGACAACCGCCGCAAGGGGAUCCAGACAUCUCUGCUUCGACGCCAUUCGUCAAUUUGUCUUCAAGAGCUCAAGAUCCGGUUGGGGCGUUUUACAAUUCUCUGGAAGACGUGCACUCGUCACUUCAAGACAUUCUGGGAUUCUGGGAUCACCACGUCAGCUAUCUCGUCCUGCUUGUUAACCGGCAGACAAAUUUUCCAACCCCGGGAGAGGAGACGAAGGCAGUAGUCAAGUUGUGGGUCUCAUAUCAAGCUGCGUUGCUUCAGGCCAGCAGUUCGAUAUCUGAAUCGGCGGAUGCGAUGAGCGUGGAUCCGGUGGUUGCCGAAGGACCCUUUCAAAAACACACUUUCCCUCCGUCUAACUUAGGCCAACGGGACCAACGGUUAGCCCCCAGUGUCCACGAGCAUCCCCAUGCUAUGAAUCCAGGUCGGAAACCAGCUGGUACUCAUGCCGAAACCACCAAAUUAUUUAGGUCCUGGAUGAAGGGUUUCUUCCAUUUUUUCUCAAGGAAGGCGCAGUAA